AUGUCUAAAUUGAUAGCAAUCACUGGUAUCACCGGUGUUCAGGGAAGCUCAGUAGCGGAUGUCUAUCUCAAGACUCCCGGCUGGAGAGUGCGUGGUGUAACUCGCAAUCCUUCAUCAGCAGCCGCUAAAGAAUGGGAGGCGAAGGGCGUUGAGAUUGUUCCAGGAGAUCUCAACAACACAGAAUCACUAGCAGAAGCCUUUCAGGGCGCGGAUGCCAUUUUUGGGGUGACGGACUUCUGGACUAGUUUUAAGGACCCUGCUAGUCAGACGAAAAAGAAGGCUGAUCAGAACAUUCUUCAAUACUGCUUUGAGGUUGAGCGGCAACAAGGCAUCAAUCUCGCCGAUGCGGCUGCCACCGUCCCUAACCUGAGCAGGUUCGUUCUCAGUUCCAUGGCCGAUGCAAACAAAUGGAGCAAGGGAAAGUUCAACGAGCUAUACCACAUGGACUCUAAGGCCCAAGCUGCAGAUUAUGCAAAGAGCCUGCCUGCAUUGAAGUCAAAAUUUUCUCAAGUGCAGGCACCCAUCUAUUACAACUUGCUAUGGGAAUGGGGGCUGCCUACCACGCCGAAGAGGCAAGCGGAUGGAACCUAUCGCAUACAGGGUGUCGGUCCUGCCGAUGCUCCAAUUCCAUUCGGUGAUGUGCGAAAGGACUUUGGCUACCUAGUAAAGGCCGCCGUAGAGGGAGAGCCUGAUCUCAAUAUCUUCGCGGUUGGAGAAGAGUUAUCCUGGAACCAAUAUCUGAAAACUUGGUGCGAAAGCCAGAACGUUCCCUUUGGCGGUUACGACGAGGUUGCUUAUGAUGACUUCACCGUCAUUCUUCCGGGAGGGUUAGGCCACGAGUUCGGACAGAAUGUGCUGUUUGCUAUAGAGUUUGGUUAUGAUGGGUCUGAUCCAUCGGUCACUCGCCCUGAUGCUUAUGGAAUUAAGAUGACUACAUUCAAGGAGUAUUGUGAAGUGACAGACUUCUCUGCUAUCCUGUAG